UAGAGAAAUGGAACCAUAAUUCUAAGGUGACUAACGCAAGACUGGGUAAGCAUCCAAAUUUCCGGGACAGCUUUGCCUGGAAGGACGGAUUCCCCUUAUUCUAUACAUCCUAGGGUCUUUUCCAAAAGAUUCCCAGGCUACCCUCCUUCCUCUUCGGUCUUCUGCAAACUAAAACUCGCAAAGCGGUGGCUGUCUGUGGAUUGGCUAGUACUAAAAUAUCCAUUGGGUGGCAGUAAUACUAUCCUCUUUAUGACUUGCAGCAAACCAGAGAAUGCAUUCAAUCAAAUGAACCGAUCUUGUAGAAACACUGGAAUCAUUUAUGCAUUGCAGUUUCUCUUUCUUGUUUUCGCUCCUUCUUCUCUGGGAUAUUUUGAGGGGAUUGUGUCUAUUAAUCAAGAUCUCGUGCUAUUCGUGGUUUGCUUGUCGUUUUCGCUCAGGAUUAGCAUCAUUCAAGACAAACGCAAAGCUGCUUUUUUCCCCCCACUCUCUUUUGAAAAAUCAUUUUUGGGGGCUGCUGAAGAGAGCUAGGACCCAGGAGACACCUUCCCAAACAGCAGGGGUUGUGUGCUUUCACAUAGCAGUACUGUACAAGGAAAACCCCGUCGGAUCUGUUAUUGCGGGAUACUUGUGAAAUAUACAUAGGAUUCUUUCUUAUGGCUGCAUCCCGGAUUUGGAAAUUUUACUUGGGGACCAGGAAGAUUUGAACGGCUACAUGUAUCCAGAAGAUUUGCAAGCAAGACUCCGAUUCUUGUCAUAGAGCUCACAGACUUCCUCACUUAUCAGCCUUUUUCCUUCCUUCUUUUUUAAAAAAAUUUUUUUUAAUUUCCCCCCUCUCUUUUUUAUGCUCUCUUCUCUCUCAGUCUCUCCUUUUCUAUCUGCCUCUUCUUUUUUCUCCUAGUCUUUCCCCCCCUGCUCUGCACCUGGAUUGUAUCUUCACCAAACAAUCGGGCACUUUGAGAACUAACUGGAGACAGUCUUGUAGGGAAGAUCUGUAUGGAAUUAUCUGCUUUUAUGGUGAACUUGGCAUUUGUGAAUGGGUAUCUUGUUCACGAUAUUAAUUGCUAGCAAAAACAAGAAAAAGAACACAGGAGUAAAACGUGGAUUUUUCUGAAUACGCAUUGUGAUGACCAGCAAUUACCUUACCCACUGAUAUCCAGAGGAGAAUAAUUUGGAAGACUGUUGUGGGGAACAGCCUUUAAGAGCUGGAAGAUGAAAGCUCCGAUUCCGCAUUUGAUUCUCUUAUAUGCUACUUUCACUCAGAGUUUGAAGGUUGUGACCAAAAGAGGCUCUGCUGAUGGAUGCACAGAUUGGUCUGUCGAUAUCAAGAAAUACCAAGUUUUGGUGGGAGAGCCUGUUCGAAUCAAAUGCGCACUUUUUUAUGGUUAUAUCAGAGCAAAUUACUCCCUUGCUCAAAGUGCUGGACUCAGUUUGAUGUGGUACAAAAGCUCUGGUCCUGGAGACUUUGAAGAGCCAAUUGCUUUUGAUGGUAGUAGAAUGAGCAAGGAAGAAGACUCCAUUUGGUUCCGACCAACAUUGCUGCAGGACAGUGGUCUUUACGCCUGUGUCAUCAGAAACUCCACUUACUGUAUGAAAGUAUCCAUCUCACUGACAGUGGGUGAAAAUGACACUGGACUCUGCUACAAUUCCAAAAUGAAAUACUUUGAAAAAGCUGAACUUAGCAAAAGCAAGGAAAUCUCAUGCCGUGACAUAGAGGAUUUUUUGCUACCAACCAGAGAACCUGAAAUCCUUUGGUAUAAGGAAUGUAGGACAAAAAUAUGGAGGCCAAGUAUUGUAUUCAAAAGAGAUACCCUGCUUAUAAGAGAAGUCAGAGAAGAUGACAUUGGAAAUUAUACCUGUGAAUUAAAAUAUGGAGGCUUUGUUGUGAGAAGAACUACUGAAUUAACUGUUACAGCUCCUCUGACUGAUAAGCCACCCAAGCUUUUGUAUCCUAUGGAAAGUAAACUGACAAUUCAGGAGACCCAGCUGGGUGACUUGGCUAAUCUAACCUGCAGAGCUUUCUUUGGGUACAGUGGAGAUGUCAGUCCUUUAAUUUAUUGGAUGAAAGGAGAGAAGUUUAUUGAAGAUCUUGAUGAAAAUCGAGUUUGGGAAAGUGACAUUAGAAUUCUUAAGGAACAUCUUGGAGAACAAGAAGUUUCUAUCUCAUUAAUUGUGGACUCUGUGGAAGAGGGUGACUUGGGAAAUUACUCUUGUUAUGUUGAAAAUGGAAAUGGACGUCGCCAUGCCAGCGUCCUCCUUCAUAAACGGGAGCUAAUGUACACAGUUGAACUUGCUGGAGGGCUUGGUGCUAUUCUCCUGCUGCUUGUUUGUUUGGUGACCAUCUAUAAGUGUUACAAGAUAGAAAUCAUGCUCUUCUACAGGAAUCAUUUUGGAGCUGAGGAGCUGGAUGGAGAUAAUAAAGAUUAUGAUGCUUACCUAUCAUAUACCAAAGUGGAUCCUGACCAGUGGAAUCAAGAGACUGGGGAAGAAGAACGUUUUGCCCUUGAAAUUCUACCUGAUAUGCUUGAAAAACAUUAUGGAUAUAAGUUGUUUAUACCAGAUAGAGAUUUAAUCCCAACUGGAACAUACAUUGAAGAUGUGGCAAGAUGUGUAGAUCAAAGCAAGCGGCUGAUCAUUGUCAUGACCCCAAAUUACGUAGUUAGAAGGGGCUGGAGCAUCUUUGAACUGGAGACCAGACUUCGAAAUAUGCUUGCGACUGGAGAAAUUAAAGUGAUACUAAUUGAAUGCAGUGAGCUACGAGGAAUUAUGAACUACCAGGAGGUGGAGGCCCUCAAGCACACCAUCAAGCUCCUGACAGUUAUUAAAUGGCAUGGACCAAAAUGCAACAAAUUGAACUCUAAGUUCUGGAAACGUUUGCAGUAUGAGAUGCCUUUUAAGAGGAUAGAACCCAUUACACACGAGCAGGCUUUAGAUGUCAGUGAGCAGGGGCCUUUUGGGGAGCUGCAGACUGUCUCGGCCAUUUCCAUGGCCGCAGCCACUUCCACAGCUCUAGCCACCGCCCAUCCAGAUCUCCGUUCUACCUUUCACAACACGUACCAUUCGCAAAUGCGUCAGAAACACUACUACCGAAGCUAUGAGUACGACGUACCUCCUACUGGCACCCUGCCUCUUACCUCCAUAGGAAAUCAGCAUACCUACUGUAACAUCCCUAUGACACUCAUCAACGGGCAGCGGCCACAGACAAAAUCAAGCAGGGAGCAGAAUCCAGAUGAGGCCCACACAAACAGUGCCAUCCUGCCGCUGUUGCCAAGGGAGACCAGUAUAUCCAGUGUAAUUUGGUGACAGAAAAGCAAGGGACAUCCCAUUCCUGGGAGUUUGAGCGGAAUCUGCAGUCCAGUGCCUGGAACUAAAUCCUCGACUGCUGCUGUUAAAAACAUGCAUUACAAUCUCUAGAACACGAGGAAAAACAGGGUCUUGUACAUAUGUUUUUUGGAAUUUCUUUGUAGCAUCAGUGUCUUCCUGUUUUACCAUGUCUCUUACCAUUACAUUUUUUGACUUUGUUUUAUAUGUCAUUGGAAUUUGUAAAUUUACAUUUUUUUUAAAGAAGAGACUGAUGUAUAGGUAGAAAACCCUUUUUUGCUUCAUUAGUUUAGUUUUAGAAUGGGUUUUUAUUUCCUUUUUUAAAUUUUUAUUUUGCUUUUAACAUUUCCUUGGGGUGCUUGGACAAAUCUAUCUGAUGGGACAAGGAGCACCGGAUCCUCUCUCGAGUUCUGCCUAGAAUCAGCUGGGCCACGUCGGCCUUCAGAGAGCAGUGCAACGAACGCCAGCAUUGCCAUUUGUGAAAAACAAGAGAGAGAGAGAGAAGAACACUUGUUCAUAGGAGGGCCUGCCUGUCAGGGCCCUGAAUCUCUUCCUUGUCCCACCUCAUUCCCCACUUCUACCCUUCUAAUGGCAGCAUGAUGUGUAAACUCUGCAGAGGGGUGGGGGUGGGUCUAACUGUCUUAACAUUUAAUUCACUGCUCUUCAGAAUACACUCUAGACCCAAAGGCGUGCUAGUCACUUGACAGUGACCACUACAGAGUGCUAAGAAGAGAAGAUCGAGGGCAUGAAAAUGAGGGAGAGUGUUGUUUCCGUUUUUUUAAAUGAGUUGAUGUACCCUUAUAUAUAUAUAUAUAUAUAUAAAUAUAAAUAUAAAUAUAUAUGAAACAGAAAAACAAAACAAAACAAACAAAAAAACACAAAAAAAACAAACAAAAAACAAAAAAACAAAAAAAUCAAGCCCUAUAUUUGAUCACUUCCUGGAAAGGCAUGAAUGUGUUUGUGGCUGUUUUUGUUUAAUAUUCUACUUCCUCUUUUCCCGCUAUAAUUUUUCUGCAAAUGAGAUUAUGUGCAAAUGCCAGGCAAGUUAACUCAAAAGGGUGAAUCAAGGCAAGUCAAAAUGAAAUUUACAUUGAAGGCUUUCAAACCAAAGGGAAGAACAGGAUGUGUCAUCAAAUAUGUUUUGUCACCUUGUAUUAUACAAAAUGUUAUUUUCUAAAGAGUCAGAGAAAAUCUGUGAAUCUUAUUGUGGGUCCCCUUGUAUUUAAAUGUUAACUCACUUGUGUUUAAUAUUUAAGGCUACAUUCAGGACUAAGUGUUUGGUUUCAGUUUGUGAAUAAGCAACACAUAUUAAUAUAAGGUGUUUAAAUAAGAACUCAGGAGGUCAAACAUAUGAAUAACAACAGAGAUCAGUAUUUUCAAAGUAAACAUUAUUUACAAAAGAUAGUUUUUAAAUUAGAUCAGAAAGUAUUUAAAAUAAUUAAUUUUACUGUAUAAAGAAUUGAUUUUAUUUUAGCUAUAUGAUUAUAUCAUUCAGAAAUAGAAAGCUGAUGCUCCCAGGAAAUUCAUCACUUACCACUUAGCUUUAUGUUUGAAAUUGAUGAUAUAAGCAGCUAAUUCAUAUUCAUGUUAAGAAUGAUGUAAAAUCAAUCACAAAGGAACCUACAGAGAACAGAAUUGUUAAAAGGAAAUAUUACCUAUGUAGCUUUUAGUUUUACAAAAAUCAAUGUGACAGAAACAGAUAAUAGAACUUAAACAUUACUUUAGUGAUUCAUCAAAGGAACUUCCAUCCCAGUCAUCAUCUGUGGACUCGUGUAGUGACUAUUGUACAUUUGCUUUAUUCCUACCACCAUAUAAUGAGAAAACAAUUCUACAGUUUGGUGUGAGUUGUGAGUUGGCCACAAAAAAAGGAUAAGUGUAAACUGCAAUAGAGUUCAUUGGGGAGGGUAAGAUAGAACUGCAAACGUGUGAGAGAUGAGUAUAAGCAUUUUAUAACAGUGCAAAGGUCCCAGUAUCUGUUUGACAAGGUAAAGGAGUCUUAGGAUGUGCAUUGAUUUUUAUUUGCUUAAAAAAUGUUUACUUCCCUGACAACUUGCCUGGGUCCUUCUCUACAAAUCUGUCUUUAUUCCUGUGCUCCCUUGGAUCCGUGUCACAUUUUCACAAACCAGAACUGAAGCUACAAGGACACAUAAAACUUUAAGGUCAGCUUUGCACAUUGGGUUAUGUUCAGAAUCGGAGAAGGCCAUUGUUUACUUUGUAUUAUGGACACCUGUCAGGGACUGGUGGCAGUGAACCUCAUUGGACUGGAUUCCAAACUCCCCCACUGCUCAGAAAACUGUAAAUGUGGCAAUGGCCUGGUUUAAUUCUUUGGGGCAUUUUUGAAACUUUUUAUUUUUUUAUUUUUUUAUGUGCACGAUGGAAGUGUGGAAUAAAUGUAGAGGAAGUAAUCAGACCACAGUCAUAUUUUAGGCAUCCAUAGGUGUUAAUUUAGCUGCAUUGGGAGUACAUUUUUUGUUCUAUUUUUAGCGUAGAUUUAAGCACUUUGAAUAGCAUGAUUCAGGGAUUGAUGGGUAAUAUUUGAUAUUCUCACAACUUAAGGAACUUUUUUUCCUCUAAUGCUUUGUCAUAUUUAAAAAAUGAAAUAAAUGCAAAAGAAGCUAUCUAUGGAUUUAGAAACAUUCCUCCCAAGUAUUCUUCUAUCAGCUCCAUAUGAGAACAAAUGAAGGAAACUGUCAUGUGUUCACGUGCUCUAUGUUUAACAAAAGUUCUGUUAGAACUCACAAUAAAAUGAGAAAAAAUGUA